AUGUAUUGUGUGGCGUGUGUCAGAGGAUCACGUGGCUGGAGCCGGCCGCCACAGCUAUGGCUGGUGUCUCUGCGCGGCACGGCGCUUCACGACGGCUGCCCCGCAGCUCGACCCCCACCCUGUCCAGCUCGCGCACACCUCGUCCGCACAGUCGAUGGCCGCUGCAACAACCCUGCCCACCCCACAUGGGGCAGUGCACUACAGCCACUGCGCAGACUUCUGCCACCUGCAUAUGCAGAUGGGCUGGAGAAAAUUCGGCAGUCAGUGAGUGGAGGUCCACUUCCAAGUGCAAGGCUGGUCAGCACUGCAGUCCAUUCAGACAGACAUGUCAACCUCUCAUCUAUUACACACAUGCUUAUGCAGUGGGGACAGUUUCUUGAUCAUGACCUCACAGCUUCUUCACAAACAAGAGGAUUCAAUGGAUCAGUUCCUAAAUGCUGUUCAGAUAGAGGGCACAGUUUUCUGCCUGAAAACCUUACACAUCCAGACUGUCUCCCAAUUGAAGUGCCACAAACAGAUUACUUCUACCAACGCUAUCAUGUGCGUUGUCUGGAAUUUGUGCGCAGCAGUGCUGUCCCUAAGGUAGACUGCUCACUGGGGGCUAGAGAUCAAAUAAAUCAAGUCACAUCAUUCCUUGAUGCUUCUAAUGUCUAUGGAAGUUCUGAAGAUGCUGCAUCAGCACUUAGACUUUAUCGUAAUGGAUUUCUGCGUUACACACGGAUGCAGUCACGUUUACCACUUCCACCACCUGCCACAGGGCACACAUCCCCUGAACUGUGUCGUUACAAUUCUAGUGUUCGCUGCUUCAGUGCAGGAGAUCAUCGUGUUAAUGAGCAGCCAGGACUUAUUGCUAUGCAUACUCUAUGGCUGCGUGCACACAAUAAUCUGGCUACAAAGCUCAUUGGUAUAAAUCCACAUUGGGAUGAUGAGAGGAUUUAUCAAGAAGCACGAAAGAUUAUCGGUUCUAUGAUGCAGCAUAUAACAUAUAGAGAAUUUCUGCCUAUUGUGUUGGGACAAGAUGUGAUCAAACUUUUUGAGCUGAAUCUGACCCAGAAGGGGUACUACAAGGGUUACCAUAUAAAAGUGAACCCAACAGCACUGAAUGCAUUUGCCACAGCAGCUUUUCGUUUUGGUCACAGCCUGGUGCAGCCAAGUCUUCUUCGUUGUGACAGUAGACAUAGAUUAUUGCCUUUCAAUGCAUCACUACAUGAAGAACUUACGGUUCCAACAGAUAUUUAUAACACAGGAUCAGUGGAUCAAUUAUUACUUGGUAUGUGUGUUCAACCUGCUCAGAAGAGGGAUGAAUACAUCACAGAACAACUUACAAAUCAUCUUUUCCAGACACCAUCUUAUCAUUAUGGAAUGGAUCUGGCAGCACUCAACAUACAAAGAGGUCGUGACCAUGGCCUUCCACCAUACAACAGCUGGAGAACUCGUUGUGGAUUACAGUCAUUCUCUGACUGGGACCAGCUUCUCAAAGUCAUGUCUCCUGAAACAGUGGUGAAACUUAGAAAGGUUUACAGUGAUACAGAUGAUAUAGACCUGUUUGCUGGUGGCAUGGCAGAGAAACCAGUUUAUGGUGGUCUAGUGGGACCAACAUUUGCAUGCAUUAUUGCUCAACAGUUCAGUAAUUUGCGUAAAGGUGAUAGAUUUUGGUAUGAGAAUGGAGGAUUUGAUUCAUCACUCACACUGCCACAGCUGCAACAGAUACGGCAUGUAACAUUAGCUCGUGUUCUCUGUGAUAACCUUGAUACAAUUGAUACAGUGCAGCCUUUUGUCUUUCUGGCAGCUGACAAUGAUCGGAACAGACAUGUACCUUGCCAUAGUUGGCAUAUCCCGAAGUUGGAUCUCUCACCAUGGAGGGAGCAUAACAAGAAUGAUAAUUAUGCAGAAGAAGAAUACACUCUUGAACUUCCCAUCCGUCGACCUGAUGACAACUCAUACCUCAAACCUCCCAAGAAUGGCAAUAAUUACUACAGUACAGAUUUGGACAAGUAUAAUUCACCCAAUCAUACAGAGACACAAGGAUACACUCCUGCAAAUCAUUUAAAACCAGGCAGCAUGCAAAGUCCAAAUUAUUCUACCACACAGGAAAAAUAUGGUUCUCCUACAGAUGGAGGAGAGAUCCUAUCAAAUUUUAACAAAAAACCUGAAGAACACUAUCAUCAGCCCAAUAUCAAGCCCAAUGAAGAGCCUUCAUUGCAUACACAAAGUCACAGAAAUCCUAUACAGGUAAUUCCUGUUUAUCACUAUACAACCACACACAGUGCUAAUCCUGACGACAAAAUUUCAUCAGGUCACAUUCACCCUUCUCAUAUAUCCCUACUGAACACUGUAAACCAUGCUGGAGAUAGUAAUACUGAGAGCAAUGGGUUACCAUUCCCUGGCAAUUUCUAUGUAUCUUCAAAACUUGAUGAAGAGCUGUUCACUACUUCUAUGACAUCUCAACAGAAAGAACACGUGUACAAUAAUACAAAACCAAUUAAAUAUUCCGUACUGCAUCACACAAUUUCAGAAGGAACUUCAAAAAUGGUUACUGGAAGCAAUUCAUUUCAAGAAUCCAAUUUAGAAAACUCUCAGUCAAGUCCUCUUAAAUUACUCUUAUCUACUACACAGACAGGCCAACGAUACAGUUUUAAAAAUAACAGUUUCUUACCUCUAACAUCAGGUCCUGAAAAGCCAUACAUAGAAGAUUCAUCCCUUCAUACGAAAGGAACUGAUUGUGGCCAAAACAGUGCUGCUGAUAUAGAAACUGAUCACAAAGAGACUAAUAAGAGUGAAGUACAGAACCGCAUUACACAUAAUUUAACUACGCAGAACAUUCCAUCUACAGAAAAAGAGACAGCCACACUAGGAGAAGAUUCUACAAGAACCACACUUUUGAAAUCUAAAGACCCCUUACUCAGCUUAGCAAGAAAGGAAACAGAACUUCCUAGCAGCAGGUUGGGGGAUCUUUGUCCAGAACAUCUGCAGCAGGAAUUUACUGGUGAGAUCCCACUACCAGCCAGUGAUCCACUGUCACUACAGGAGUUCCCUCAACCUUUGCAAGAAAAUUAUGAUAUGGUAGAGGAGGAGUCAAGUGCACAUGGAUCCUGAAAACAGUGCAUUUUCCUAAUUUUUACUAUCAUCAUGAAGUGAAAUUCACCACAACAUAUCUGUACAUAUCACUUGACUGAUCUCACAUUUUCAGAAAAAUAAACUGGAUCUUUGCAGAUAGAUGGAUAGUACAGUAUGUGUCAAGGCUGUGAAAUUUUUUAAUUUAUAUCAAUAUUUGUCCACCACAAUUGUAAUAGUUCAUAUUGUCAGCUGUUUCAACACACAGUAAUCAUAAUUGAGACAAUCAGCCAUAUUAAACGCAUAACUUACAUUGAAAAAAACUGAGGCACUGAGUAAUCAUACAUUGUCCAAUAUAUGUAAAAAAAAUUGCAAGCUACUAUUGCAAUGGAUCAAAGCAAAAACAAAUAUUAUUACAGAACUGGUAUCCAUUAUUAACUGCAUAAUCUGUGGCUUAAAAGACCUUCAU